CCUUACUUGAUCUAUCUCGUCGCCCAGUCACUUGAAUUAACUCUUGACACAUUCCCGCCUAAACAAACAAAGGCGGAAGUGCCAUCGUGGCGAGGAAUGUCACUUUCGAAAAAGACACCGUCGAUGGGACCGUCUGGGAUUUUCUUUUUUGAAAAUCAUUGUUGUCCUCAAACGAACCCACUCGCGUCGCAGAGACACGUUUAAUGUGAUACCUACACAUCAUCAUGGAACAAACAACAUGAAGGGGCACGUGAAAACACUCAGCCCGACCCCCUCCCACACGCGUGCGUGACGUCAUCGAGUGGUCGAGCAUCAGCAGCGAGUCUGACAGAUUGCGGGAGGGGAAACACACCACCGAGGAAGGGAAGGAACCGGAGCACUCCCUCCCUCUCCACCCCUCCUCCUCCUCAUCUCUCUCUCUCUCUCUCUCUCUCUCUCUGUCGAUCUCUUCUUCUCAUCAUUCCUGUGGAUGCUCCGGGAUGACAGCGUGAAGCGGGGCCAGGAGCUGUCGAGGUACACGCGCCCCCCCCCCCCCCGACCCCCCCACCCCCGCCCCUCUUCCUCCCUUCAUCGACUCGGAUGCGGACAUGAAUUCGGCGGAGCAAACGGUGACAUGGCUCAUUACGCUCGGCGUGCUCGAGUCGCCCAAGAAGAGCAUCGCGGACCCCGAGGCUUUCCUGCACAGCUCCCUCAAGGAUGGCGUGGUGCUCUGCAGGCUCCUGGAGCGCCUCAGCCCCGGAUCCACGGAGAAAAUCUACCAGGAGCCCAAGAACGACGGCGAGUGUCUGAGCAACAUAAAGGAGUUUGUCAAGGGCUGCACAUCUUUCCGCGUCGAGCCGUUUGAGGCCAGUGACCUGCUGCUCGGCCUGAACUUCUCCAAGGUGUUGAGCAGUCUCGUGGCUCUCAAUAAAGUGACGGCAGAUAUUGGCGUGGGCAGUGACUCGGUGUGCGCCCGACACUCUUCCGCCCACCGCAUCAAGUCCUUUGAGUCUCUGGCCUCCCAGGCUUCACUGGGUCGAUCCUCCAAGCUGCUGCAGAUCCAGUUUCGCAGUCUGGACAUGUCAGAGAACAGCGGGCAGCAGCUGCUGGUGAAGGCACGUUUCAACUUCCUGCAGACCAACGAGGAUGAGCUCACCUUCAACAAGGGUGACAUCAUCGGUGUGACUCGUCAGGACGACGGGGGCUGGUGGGAGGGGACCCUCAACGGCAAGACGGGAUGGUUUCCUAGCAACUACGUCCGUGAAGUCAAAGGCUCCGACAAACAAGUGUCCCCCAAGUCUGGUACCCUUAAAAGUCUGCCUAAAGGCUUUGACACAUCUGCCAUUAGCAAGACCUACUACAACCUGGUGUUGCAGAACAUUUUAGAAACCGAGACUGAGUAUUCCAAGGACCUCCAGAGCCUCCUAACAAAUUACCUGCGGCCUCUUCAGAGCUUUGAGAAGCUGAGCGGCUCUGAUGUAUCUCUGAUCCUGGGAAACCUGGAGGAGAUCUGCACCUUCCAACAGAUGCUCGUCCAAUCAUUGGAGGAAUGCACCAAGCUUCCAGAGAGUCAGCAAAGGGUGGGCGGCUUCUUCCUCAACCUCAUGCCCCAAAUGAAGGCUCUUUACGUGGGUUACUGCUCCAACCACCCCUGUGCGGUUAACGUGCUCACGCAACACAGCGAGGCGCUGGGGGAGUUCAUGGAGGGCAGAGGUGCGGUCAACCCCGGGAUCCUCACACUGACCACGGGCCUGAGUAAACCUUUCAUGAGACUGGACAAAUACCCCACCCUGCUCAAAGAGCUGGAACGCCACAUGGAGGAGAGUCACCCUGACAGAAGUGACAUCCAGAGGUGCAUGGCCACUUUCAAACAUCUAUCUACGCAGUGCCAGGAGGUUCGCAAGCGUAAGGAGCUUGAGCUGCAGAUCCUGACGGAAUCCAUCCGUCUGUGGGAGGGUGACGAUAUCAAGACCCUGGGCUCUGUGCUGUACAUGAGCCAGGUGCUGGUGCACACUCCUGGGGCGGAGGAAAAGAGCGAGCGUUACCUCAUGCUCUUCCCCCACGUCCUCCUCAUGUUGUCGGCCAGCCCCAGGAUGAGCGGCUUCAUAUUCCAGGGAAAACUGCCUCUGGCCAGCAUGUCGGUGAGCAAGCUCGAAGACUGCGAAGCCCACAAAAAUGCCUUUGAGCUCAGCGGCUCCAUGUUUGAGCGUCUUCAGGUGUCGUGCGCCAACCAGCAGGAUCUGCAGGACUGGGCGGAGCAUCUGACGCGGCAGAUCAAGCACACUGCAGCCACAGCGCCGAGCCACAAACCUCUCAAUGUUCCCUGCCACACGCUUCCAUCCCAUCCCGUCACCCCGUCCCGGCACGCGGAAGGGAGGGCCAUGACGGUGGCUCCCACCUACCACACCCUGCCUCACCCUUCCUCCCAUGGGACGUCUCACAGUACCAUGAUGUGGGGCCCCCUGGAACCUCCAAACACCCCGAAACCGUGGAGCUUGAGCUGCCUGCGGCCCGCACCCCCGCUGCGGCCCUCUGCAGCCCUCUGCUAUAAGGAGGAUCUAAGUAAAAGUCCCAAGAGUGUCAAGAAACUCCUUCCCAAGCGCAAGCCAGAGAGGAAGCAGUCUGAGGAGGAGUUUGCCUUGAGGAAGAGCACCGCUGCUCUGGAAGAAGACGCCCAGAUCCUAAAAGUCAUUGAGGCCUACUGCACCAGCGCCAAGACCAGGCAGACGCUCAACUCCACCUGGCAGGGCACCGACUUGAUGCACAACCACGUGCUGGCCGACGCGGAUCGGCCCUCCGCGGACUCGCCGGGCCGCCGCAGCAGCGUGUCGCGGCCGGAGUUGAGCUCCGACCUUUCGGAGGACUCGGACUACGACUCCAUUUGGACCAGCCAUUCUUACCGAAUGGGCUCGGUGCCGCGCAAGAGCUACCCACGGAGGGAAACGGGGCUGCAUGUGAUCGUUCCCGGCGAGGACAAAGUCCUGCUGGAUGACUCCAGUCGCAACGGACAAAGUGCAGUGGAAGAGAAGAGCCUUGUGGACGUGGUGUACGCCCUGAGGGAUGAGGUACAAGAGCUAAAACAGGACAACAAAAAGAUGAAGAGGUCGCUGGAGGAGGAGCAGAGGGCCCGCAAAGAUCUGGAGAAGGUUGUCAGGAGGGUGUUGAAGAGCAUGAACGACCCCACGUGGGACGAGACCAACCUAUGAGACUCGGCUUGUGCUCUCUUUCACGAUCCCGUGCACGUUUGAACCGUUUCAAGACAUUCCGCAAACAUGAACGACAUCUCCAGUCUGUCCACCGAGGCGGCGAAGACAACUCGGAGACAUGCGCGCCUCCUGUUUACAAUCGUUCCACUGGAUACCCUCUGGUGCUCCAUGCAUGGUACUGAUACACUAUGACGUUAUGGAUCAGUGUGAACCUCUGCCAUCCUAUUUCAUAACUUUUCAUGUCUUAUGUUAUUUAAUUUUUUAUGACUUUCUGAGUCUCUUUGCCUUGUUGUAUAGGCUUUCUUUUUUAUUUUGCUGCAUGUUUAGUUUGCUAUUUGAGUUGCUGUGUGUGGGCAUGCUGAGGAGAAUGUUGCAUUGUUUAACUUGUAUAGUGUAAAUAUGGCACACAAAAACAUUGUUUUGGGAUAAAUAAAAAAGGAUCUGCA